GUGGAAGCGCGCCACUGACGUAUAGGCAUAUGCUCCACGGUGUCAUCAUUACAAAGAAAAUAUGAUAUGCAUUUAUGUUUCAGGGGAAGGAAUAGUCUAGGAGAGACGUUUCGGGUAGCUAAAUUACGCACCACUGUGCUCAUGAAUGCAUCUUACUUUAAUUGUAAGCCUAUUCAAGUGUUUUAAGAUAAGAAUUGGUUGGGAAAGUUCUUGAACCAAGGGUGCCAUUGCUCUCCGGUGACAAGUGGACUGUUUUUACACCUUCCUUCUAAAUAAGGAAGCAGCCUGUCAGACAUAUGACCACCGACCCAAUUUGGGAGCUGCCAAAGUGUCCAUCAUGUUCCGCAGUUGCUUAACGCCACCCAAUGAGAUCUCUCCCUUCCUCGGUUUCACGGGCGCUGUGACAGUGUUCCGUUGAACUCUCCACAGACUUGGCACUGCAGUUCAGCGCCUCUUUUCUUGCUUGCUUGCAACUUCACUCUCCCCAUCCUCCGCCCUUGUAUUAUUCGAAGGGGCAGCAGUGAACUCACCAUGAUGUAAUCUGGAGAUGCGAUAGCCUGGCAAGGUGAAACAGGGUUUUGGUGAGUUGUGUUCUCCACGGCCUGAGUUGCCCACAGAGAGAGGGAGGCGCGGAGCUGCAAAACAUGGUAAUCAUCACCGCCACCAUUUCAAGCACUGCCACGCGCACUCCCAUUUCUACUCCUCUGCAUUGGGGCUGUCGUCUCAUGCCCAGACCCCUGAUCCGCGUUCCAAAAAGAAUCCUCUGCCAGCAUGCCGAAGGAAGAAAAACAAGAAGAGUGGUAUUUUUAGGGCCAUUCAUUUUGACCACGUGCCCCGAAGGUAAACCGGAUGGCCAUUGCGCAAAGGUUCCUCAUCAGUAUGUCCUACGAGGCCAGCACGCACUGGACGUUGACUGCGAUUGUUCUCUUGGGGUUCAUAGUGGGGAUUGUGUCAUCAUAUCCUAUUCCAAGCAGGACAAAUGCAACGUUAUUGGAGAAAAGAUGGGAGACCCUCUUCUCCCGCUCCAUUCUGGGCAUCUCGGGGGAGAGAUCGGACCUGAACUGGGAGAGUGACUAUUUGCUAGGUAUCAAAAGAGUCCGGAGGCUCUACUGCAACGUGGGUAUUGGGUUUCACCUUCAGGUCCUCCCAGACGGCAGGAUAAAUGGUGUACAUAAUGAAAACCAGUACAGUCUAAUAGAGAUCUCAACGGUAGAGCGAGGAGUGGUUAGCUUGUAUGGGGUAAGGAGUGAGCUGUUUGUCGCAAUGAAUAGCCGAGGAAGGUUAUACGGAACGACAGUCUUCCAUGAUGAGUGCAAGUUCAGAGAGAGCAUGCUGCCAAACAACUACAACGCCUAUGAGUCCUCCGUUUACAGAGGCUCCUACAUUGCUCUCAGCAAGCAUGGCCGUCUGAAGAGAGGCAAAAAGGCCACCACUGCCAUGACUGUCACACACUUCCUUCCCCGAAUAUGAGAAAAACUGGCAAUAACUCACUUAUUUGCACAUGUGGAUUGUUUUUCAGGUAACAUUAUACUGUAUACAUGCAUACACCAAUACAAAUGGACUGCAAAAGAAAGAAAUACCACUAUAUAUGAUGGUAUUUAUUCAGUCUUUUGUAUGUACAUUUCGGUAGCUUACUUUGUUUUACAACUUAUGGAUAUGCCAUUAUUUGCUGCUUAUUUUUUGUUAUUUUAAUUCGUAUUAUAUAAGGGGUGGAGAAGCUUCGUCUGUCCCCUUCACUUUAUAUGGGUGCUUGCAAUAACUGGUGGAGACCUUGCCCUGUCAGUGGAUGCCAGCUCAGCCUCUAGAAGUGGAAUGGAUACUUUUUAUUACCUCAAAGCGCCACGUCCCCGAAUGAAAAAAAUGUGUGCAUGAAAUUUCUACUGAGAAGAAUGCCUGUUUACUUUGAACUUUUGUCGUUAUCAAUCAAGGACUAGACAUUUUCCAUCCUCUGUGUCAACAUUAUACCAUUGUAUGGUAAGGGUAACUAGAGCACCUGUUUGUUUCCUUGCUUUGUGAUGAGAUGGUGUGUGCCUUUGAUUCCUACUUGCCGGCCCCUUCCCUUGCAUGUGAGAAAUGCGCCCCUCAGUCAGAAAUAGGGACAACACGCAGGUCAUCACUAACCUCAUACACUCCAGAGGGCAUUAGCCCAAGUAUCUUCAGUUUCUUUUCUUUUCAGAAUAACAUCAAUCAAGUAAUUGAGAGACUAAUUGAGACUGUGUCCGAGCUCAUAGCCGUUGAUGUGCGAAGCUAGAACUGGAGACCCACCAUCCUAGGGGGCUUGACAAUCCUGGCUUUUAUGAGGCUAGAUGGUCAGACCAGAUUGAAAUGUGUGUAUGUGCCUGGUCUUGGACUAAAGGGAGGCUGCUGUAGAAAUCAAACAGAUUGAUUCCUUUUGAAACUGGUGAGGGUUGAAACCUUAACUUGUGCGCUGGUUCGAUUUCUGUUGUUGCACUUACAGUAUCUCAAUUUCUGCAGUAAAUGUUGCGCUGUUCAACAAUGGCCAUGAGAUUCCAGAAGUAUCCUUCCUCUCCCAUCCGGAGCCAUUUUAGUCCAAGGUCAGAGUCAUAGACUUCUUUCACUGUGUCUAGGCACGUGAUGUUCAGGUUGACCCGGAUCUCUUUUCCCUUUUGACCUAUGUUCACUCUGUUAUUCCUUCAUUUAUUCAUGGUUGAUAUGUAGCUCGAAGAAAACCUUGCAUGAAUGACAUACAGUGAUUUUUAGGUGUAAGUGGUUUGAUGAUUCUGUACCUCUCUUUGACUGGUGGGCAAUGAGCAUGGACUUAUUGGGAAUAGAGUGGCAUAAUCUGAUUUAAAGACGGUUUAUCUUUGGUUAUUACAGUGCUAUAGGUAUGUUUGGUGCGUCAGAGUAAAAUCCAUAAGAAAUGUUGUCAUCUUUUACCUCUUUUACAUUUACACCUGUUCAGUUCUUAUUCCAACACAGCAUUCAUUGGUAGCCAACUGUAAAAUGGAUUUGAGCUAGUACUUACCUUCACCCAAGUACUUGUAGUAGGAAGAGACAGGCUGCAGGCUCGAUGCAGUGUCUAGUUGAGAUGGAACACAGAAAGCAUCCACGUGUACACCCAUCAUACUCUAUAUCUGCCACAGCAAAAGAGAAAGCAGAGGUGUUAUCAGAUCAAUUCACCUUGAGUCAGGAAUAAAAUGGAAUUGUCUUGCUGUGCAGUGCUAGCAAAGCACUACUUCCAAGGAAGAUGGUAUACAUGGAGGAUGGCAAACAAAGAGGAUGGCAGGCAAUGAAAAUAUGUAACACAAAGGCUGUUUUGGAUGUGGGCCGUCAUGAAGUUUUGUUCAGUCUUCCAAAUAGAGUUAUCUCUACAGAUAGCACCAGAUCAAGCCUACCUAUAUUGUCACAAUGUAACUGAAAAAUGUCUUGAUAAUGAUCUAUUCAGGAUUGUGGAAUGAAUGAAAACGAGCUUUUCUACUGUUUUGCAUGUGUCUUUCUGGGAUGACGUAGCAGGAUUCAUGGUUUCAUUUCAUCUGGGUGGUGCAACAACAUCCUAUUGUAUUUAUCAUGCAUGUUUUUUUUUGCCGGUCCAUAUGGACAACAGGACACUAUCUGGACAACCUUGAGAUUUUGUAUGAAAAGCGCUAUAUAAAAUAAAUCUAUUAUUAUUAUUAACAAGCAAAUACAUGAACUGAAAUAGAGAUGUGUGAGAAUUGUGCCUCAGUCAAAAUGGUUUCUUAUGUCAGUAAGGGCACCUAGUUCAGUGUACACCUGUUAGACCUACACACAAGUCUUUGUACUAAAUGCAUUAAAGCUGCACAAAGAGUGUUAGAUACUCAAAUGGUGUUCAAGCCUACAGUAACUUACAAUGCAAUCCAUUGCGGGCUCUCCAACUUGUGCGAAGGUGCCAGUAGUGAGUCUGUGUGUACCCUGUGUGUCGGCAGCCUUAGUUUGUGUUCUCGCUCAGUUUUAUAUUCCUGCACUGAGGGGAGUGUGCAUCCUCUAAAUCCCCUCGUCUUUUUUAACAUAUACCUUACCUUCUGCCUUAGUUCCGAUUUAUUGAAAUGAUUGUAAAUUAGUUUGGAAAAACAGACUUCUCCAAUCAUUUGUUUCUGAGAGAAAAAAUAUGUUGACGAGUAAGAAUACUAAUAUAUAAAAAAUGUUUUUCCUUUUAUUUUUGUACGUAUGUGCUGUGCACAACAGUCAACUGUAUUCCUGCAAUAAUAAUAAAACAUGUUUUAUAUGGGU